AUGGCUGAAAAGCGCAAACUUCCGGCGCGUGACCGCCGCGAAUCUGCGGCGAAAAGACGUGUCUCCGAAGCUACGCCGCAGUCUCACAAGAAAAAGGCACCAACUCCCCGUGUUCCAUCGCCGGAACUAGUUGACGCCCCUCUACCGACAAAGCUUAAGGAUGGAGAUCCAUUGCCUAUUGUCCGCACGCGACAGCCACUUUCCUUGCCGGAAAAUGAGUACCAGUCAAUCGCCGAAAGUGCAGUUCUCCUCGCCUCACUUGAACGAUCGAAGAAAAAGUGGCUGAGCGAUGGCAUCCUUGUUCGAUACUACACAAAGCCGAAGAAGACGAAACGCGAACAGAUCGAGAAGAACAACCCAUCAAAGGACACUAUGACGAAAAUCGGGCCCUGCGAUGUCACCAUCGGUCCCCAUUUCUUUGAUGCCAUGAUUUACAUUGUCAAAGAUCCCAGUGCGCCUCCGGCACUCCAAUACGCACCCCCGCAACGGCCGAUGGUUCACUAUGGCCAUCCUAAUAACUUCCAACAAUACCGACCCUAUCCCACUCCAUCCAAUCAACAACGACCUGCGCAGUAUUCUCCUGGUCCUCCGGGUCGUCCUGGGUAUACCGGCAGCCAUCCUUCGCCCCAACAAGCUCGUGGCCCGAAUCAAGGAAAUGCACCAUCUCCCCAAGGAGGACAAAAGCCACCGCAAGGGCAAAAGGGCCAGCCUGCCAAGCCCAGUCCAGAUCCUGUGAUUCAAAUGCUGGCUACAAGGGCAGCUGCAGACCCUGAACUGAAGGCCUUGAUGCGUGUGGUUGCCUCAAGCCAAGCAUCCCAGGAGCAGCUCCGGGCUUUCCAAGCACACAUCGAUGAACUCAACGCAAUCAUCAAAUCAAGAGAGCAGCAAGAACAACGGCAACAACCUUCAACAGGACAGCCACUUACACAACAGCCAGCCCCUACAUCGCAAACUCAGACUCAGAAACAACAAGAUGGUGGGGCGAAGUCAGUAUCGCUGGAGAAAUCCUCACCAACGUCGCAGACCCCUUCCAAAGGAUCCAAGCAGUCACCUGUCAAGACGGAGGCACAGCUUCAAACCCCUGCGCAGGCCCCGUCGAGUCAGACUCCUAAACCUCCCCAGAGCGCCACAGGGUCAGGCACAAUCAAGGAAGAGCAACCAGGCACAGAGCACAGCGGUCCCCGGCCUGCCCCGUCCGAAGCAGGGCGUCCAGUGGCACCGGCCCAAUCAGCGACUCCUAGUGCUUCAAGCACCCCAGCCCCUGCUUCUACAUCUCAGCAGCAGACCCCUGUGGCAAACUCGACACCGCUAGCCAGCGCUCAACAGCCAGGGGCACGACCGGGACCACCAUAUGCCCCCCACCAACAACCUUCUUAUGGGUCACAACCUCCACUUCAGUCUCGACCGCCUCAAUAUGGUUCUCCUGUUCCAUUCCCCCGCCCGCCUUCAAUCCCUUACGUCUCCCCACUUGGUUCUGCGCCGAUAAACUACAAGUCUGUGGUGUUUGAAUUCACGUCUCCCUUAACCCCAUAUGGAAGCAGUACCUCAGGUCAUGCCGGUUCGGGUGACCGCUAUCUCUUCCCUGAGUACACCAUCCUGGAAUGGCUCCCAGCCGAGAACACGGUCAUCGCCUCGUUUUUGGUCGUCCGGAAGGUCGCUCCAAACACGCCCUUCCCUCUGGAGACCGCCACAGAAGCCAACUCCAAAGGCAAAGGCAAGGGGGCAUCGAAAGCUAAAAAGGGUGAACCGAAAGUCAAAACCGACAAGGGCAAAUUACCAGCCGAUAGCCCAGCCGCCAGCCAGCCAGCCACGCCUACCACGGCGACACCACAGAAGCAGGAACCCGCCGACCAAACAGAUCCCCUAACCCCCGGGCUCCCAGGGACUCCUGCGAGUGAGGCAAACCUCAAGGAAUACUGGCAACCGGUCACUUUCCGCAUCCAUGCCCCCAAUGCCAAAAUCCUCGAGCCUUUAGCCCGCGUCGUCAAGCCUGCCGACGAGGUUCGCAAAUAUAUGAACGAUAUCAUGGACCGCGCUGAACGUGCGCCUGAUGGCUACCUGGCCAUGCGGCUGCCUCGCGAGGCGGCCUCUGAAUCCUUUGAAAAGGACGGGACACCUGCUUCUUCCGGCAAUGUCGGAACUCGCAGUCGUCUUUCCCGCGUUCAGCUCGCGGGCGAGGAAUCCGAGGCGGAGAAUUCUGGCUUCGAGUUCGAGGAGGAUGAAGAAGAUCUCAAGGAUUUCUAUGAUGCGCCGAGCGGACUCCCGCCGUUGAAAGCGUGA